AUGAGCCAGCAAGCAUGUUUGCUGCAGGCAGUAUAUGAGACGCCAUCUAUAGCAGAUCUGCAGUGUCUGCUGCUGACAAACAGACAGCCUUUCGGACCUGUCAGUCUUAUCUGGCCUGGCCUGUACAUCGGAGAUGAGUCAAUGGCUCUUGAUAAAGGACUCCUCACUGAUCUGGGAAUCACUCAUGUUGUAAACUGUGCCGGAUCGAUUAACACGGGUGCCCAGUUCUACUCAGACAUGAGCAUAAGUUACUGUGGAGUGGAGGCUUCAGAUCACCCACAGUUUGAUUUGAGCCAGUAUUUCUGCUCCACUGCAUCCUUCAUUAAAGCUGCACUCACUCAAAAUGGCAAAGUGCUGGUUCACGGAGCAAUGGGAGUAGCCUUGGUACUGGCCUUCCUCAUGAUGUGCGAGAACCUCACUAUUACGGACGCCAUCAUCGCUGUCAGGUUGAACAGGGACAUCUGUCCCAACUCAGGCUUUCUAGAGCACCUGAGAGAUUUGGGUAACCAAUUAAAGAGAUAAUCCACUCAAAAAUGAAGGUUGUGUCAUUUACUCACCUUCAUAUGGUUUCAAACCUAUAUGGC